CUACACUCCCUUCACUACUUCACUCUGUAGGAACAUUGUCAACAAAUCACACGGUUCACUGUUUCGACUUUCAAAAGCGUGAAAUCUCGACACUCAGCGGCUUCGUUGGUCUAGUUUUGAUCUCGCAGAGAAAAGAAAAACAAGAAGUCAAGAUGUGCGCGAAAAUGGCUUUCCAGCACCAGGCGGGCACCGCCAUGGAGUGUCUCAGUAUCCCGAUCACUCUGCACAAGGAAAGUGGCCUGGACUCAGAGGGCAAGGAGGUGCUCAAAUGCGGCUUCCGCAUCGGCGGCGGCAUCGACCAGGACUACAGAAAAAGUCCUCAGGGCUACACUGACAAUGGGAUAUACGUAACAGAGGUACACGACGGGAGUCCAGCAGCAAAAGCAGGGCUUCGGAUGCAUGAUAAAAUAUUACAGUGUAAUGGCUACGAUUUCACGAUGGUGACGCACAAAAAAGCUGUCGACUACAUCAAGAAGCACCCAGUUUUGAAUUUAUUAGUGGCAAGGAAGGGUGUGACCUCAACUUAGAUGUUGAAUCCCGUUUUGUUUUUCGUUUCAUGUGUAUAUUUUAAAUGAUGGGUCAACCUUCACUCGCUUACGAUAACAUCAAUUAUUGUGUACAUUCCUUUAUGCUAUUUGGACAGAUUUCUGUCGAAACGAAUGAUUCCUAUUUUGUGUGAAACGCCUCAAGUCGAAAGGCGAGCACCUUUCAAUCAUUUCCGCUUCAAUUCUUGUGCAUAAUUAUACUUCAUUAAUUCCUCACGAACAAAACCCGAUAAGAAUCAACUUCACUUGGAGCUGAGUGCCAAAGAUCUGCUGCAAUCAUACACGCACACUGCAUGCGCGAAUCGAGCGCCGAUUCGCCCAAUUUGCCAUACAAAUAUACUAGGAUUAUUCAAUGCAUUGGUAUGUAAUAAGUAAAGUGUCGUAGGUCGUGAAGAAAAAUUCAAGUGGAUGCUGCCCAGGUUUAAACUGGCGGCUCCAGCGAAAUGCUACUAAGUCAAGUAUUUAAUUAAGAGCUUCUGAGCAACUUAAAUGGCAGCUCCCUCUUCGGGAGCUAUUGUAUCGUCAGAGAAUUCGUUUGAAUUAGUCUGAGCGAUUUGUUGUGUGUUCUUGAACGUCAAAAUGUGUUUUUUGGUAUGACUUACGAAAAUUCUCUUGAAGGCAGCAAAUUCAAUGACUGGCAUCUAAGCUUUUCAUUUUUAUUUAUUUUUUAAUUAAAUUAAUUCAUAAAAGAUUGCCAAACUCGUCAAAGACCAGAUUUUCUAUGCUGCAUAACAACUAAAUGAUGUCCAAGCGUAGUUUAGCCAGAAACUUGCCGCAAGAGAUUAGCUUUCGACGUUGAUAAUCAAGAGUGGAUCAAAUUUUUACAGAAUCAUUAUAAAAUCAGUAUUAUAGAUUGAGUGUUUCAUGAAACGGAAUUUUAUUGUGAUCAAAAUUCGGCAGUAUUGGAACAGUGACGAACAUUAAAAAGUUCAAAAGACAA